AUGGCGUCGGUCGGGCUGGGCUCUGCCCCUCCUGGCGCAGGGCAGCACGAAGAAAAGGCGGGGGACUUUACGUCUCCGUCAAUUCCCUUUCCCUCCAAUGCCCCAUCUCCUGCAUCGCCGUCGCCCACACUGCCAUUGUCGCCGCUGGCACCACCCUCGCAGCCUGCAUCUCAAAGAGGGUCCACAAGCCAGCUGCUCCAACCCACAUUGACCGCUAGCGGCAGCGGCGGCUCCUCUCGAGACCCGUCACGCGGACCGAGUCCGAUUCGGAGGCUGCCGCGCCUCUCGUCGACCUCGCGCGCGACUUCGACCGCGACCAGCAACAUCACGGCCACUGGCAGCUCGUUCAGCAGCAUCGGCCUGCCCGACGCCGAGGCGGCAAGCGCGGCGCCCCUGGCUCAGGCUCGUCUCGCCACGUCGGCGCAGAGCCUGCGGGCACGCCAGGAGGAAGUCGAUGCCUCGCCGCAGGGACGGCUCAAACCACCCACCCACAGCCGCAGCCAGUCGAUCGGGCCCAAGCCUUCGACCAAGGUCGUCAUGCUCCAGGUUGACCCGCAGCCCAGCGCCAAUUCGGCUCGAAACAGGCCCGAAGCUCGGCGAAGCAUCAGCCAUCGACCGCCCUCGAGCCCAUCACUCUCCGCCGAUCGGACGGCCGCCGCACAUAGGGCACAGCCAGAAUCUUCGAGCAGCCGCAGGGCUCCAGCCGACGAGAGAGAGAGCCAGCGACUCAAGGCCGCUACCGCCGCCAAGCUGGCCGAGCAAGAGGCUUGGGAACGCACGCGCGGGGCUGGCAGCGACGUCCUCAGUCUGCUCGACGCUCCGAGGCGGCCGGAGGACCGCAGCGACGACUCGGGCGAAUCCGGCGGUGGCGGCGGUGAUGCCACGGCCGGCACCGCUCCUUCUUCGCGCAAGUCGUCGAGCGCCGGCAGCAUCGCUAUCUGCUCUGACGUAGCUGGCUCCGGGCAGCAUCGACUAGGGAUCAAACAAAGGACGCGCUCUCGGGACGACGCAUGGGACGUUUGCGAUCUUCUUCCGACCCUCGACGAGGUGCAGCGACGACAGCACGAGCCGGUGCUCGUCUCGUCGGCCGACAAGCUGCUGAGCCGAGGCAUCUCGGAAUAUACCCUCCUGCCUCGGAUCCUCGGGCGCGGCAAGUUUUCCAGCGUCUUCCUCGCUUCGAAGCCAUCGGGGCCCGGCGGCGCGCCGCAGCUCUACGCGGUCAAGCAUACCCCGCUCUUCCCCCACCAUCCCCUGAUCGCCACGCGGCUGCUGCGCGAGCCCACGCUGUUGGCCGAGCUGCCGCCCCACCCGAACCUCGUCAACGUCAACGAGACGAUCCGUACGCCCGGCCACUUCUACCUGGUCGAGGAGUACCUCGAGGGCUACGUGACGCUCGAAGCGCUGCUCUCGAUGCGCACCGAACGGCCGCCUCCGCAGCUGCCCAGCCUGCCCACCGACAUCGCCGACCGUGUCCUGGAUCAGCUGCUGUCGGCCGUCCAGGCCAUCCACCACCCGCUGCAGAUCUGCCACCGCGACAUCAAGCCCGAAAACAUCCUCGUCCACCCGGACACGCUCCACCUCAAGCUGCUCGACUUUGGCCUGGCCACCCACUACAGCAGGAGCGAGCCCAAGCUGACGACGUGCUGCGGCAGCCCGGCCUUCCACUGCCCGGAGAUUGUCACGGCGCUCCGCAAUCCGCAGGGCGCGAUCCGGUACUGGGGGCCCGAGGUCGACGCCUGGACCUGCGGCAUCACGAUGCUGCGCGUGCUGACGGGCGUGCGCUACCCGAUCGGCGCCAGCCACACCAGCGUCCGCUCCAUGGCGAGCCGGGCGCAGCGGGCCGUGGCGACGAUCCGCGACCCUACGCUGCGCACCCGCGUCGGCAAGCUGCUCGACGCCAACGGCGAGCGGCGGAUGCACAACUUCCGCGAGCUGCACACCAUGAAGCUGCCUCUCGUCGUCGGCGCCGCCGCAGAGGCCGCCCUCAAGCAGCCCGUCCUGCCCUCGGGAGGCACGCCGAUCGCCUCGUGCCUCGCGUCCCCGGCCGGCUCCCGCGCCCCAUCGCCGUCGCCAUUGUCGGAGCGAUCCUCGGCGGGCCCGUCGGCGGUGACAGCAACGCCCCCCACGGCCGCCGCCCUCCAUGCUUCGCCGGCACCGACGCUGAUCCUGAGCAACCGCGACCGCCAGCCGCCGCAGAGGGUGCUGUCAUUCGUCAAGUACUGCCUCCGCUGCGCCGGCAUCCUGUACCACGGCUGGCCCGACACGAGCCAUUGGGCGGGGAUCCAGUCGACGCCCUCGACGCCCGGACCGUGGGAGGACCAGCUGGCAGACCUUCACGAGCGCGCCCUGUCCGGUCUCCAGCCGUCCUCGGCCACGGGCGGCCCAGCGCGCCCCGAGACCCUGGGCAGUGGCGACUCGCCGACCCCGCCACCGCUGCCGAGCCUGUCGCCGACGACGCCGUUCCCCGUGCAGGCCGAGCGUCCGGAGCGCGACCCCUUUGUGCACGUCCACAUCUUUGAGUGCGUGCUCGAGCUGGUCGAGGAGCCCGCCGACGAGGCUGCCGACGCGCAGCCCUCGCUGGUGCAGACCAUCAUGAGCGCUCUGAGCUGGGGCAAGCGCCCGGCCGGUCGCCGCACGCUGUCGACGCCGUCGAGGCCCGACGACGCGGUCCGCGCCGCGUCCAGACCGCGCACGGGCAACGGCAACAUGCCACGCUCAUCCGGCCAGAAUGCCGCCGAAGCCGCAUCGCCCUCCGGUUCCGGAGGCCCCAGCGGGAAGCCGGGAGACAUCGACUGCCUGCGCUUCUACAUCGUGGUGCGCUUCCCGCGCAAGGUGUCGUCGCGGCGGCGUCCAGGCUACAGCCGCUCACACAGCCGAGCAGCAGAGCUGGGCCAAGAUCGAUCGCGGGCGUCGUCGGUCGCGUCGUUUGAUGGCAAGGGCCGCUCAUUUUCGCGAGCCAGCAGCCUCGAGAACCUCACCCACCUCACUGCCGUCACCUCGGAACGCGGCCGCGGCCGCGGCGGCAGCGGCGGAAUCGAGUCACGCGAGGGUGCUCUUCGAUCCUCCUCCUCGCGCCGGCUGCUCCAGCCCGAGUCGAACCGAACCACGCCCCGGGCCAGCCGCACCGCGAGCCCAGACCUUUCGAUCGACACGUCGGUGGCGCAGGGCGAGCAGAGCUCCCACCGCUCGCGACGAGCGCGCACAGCGUUGGCGCGGGCCGGCCUCGAGGGCGACGAGCGCGNGGCCGAGGGCCUCGCGGCCAGCGGCGAGACGGCGUCGGCACCGGCCUCGCGCGCAGGCAGCCGCGCCCCCUCGCGAUCGAGAAGGUCCCACCGCGUCCGCAGCGGCACGGCGACGGGCAGCCGGUCGGUCUGCGACAAGGUUCUCAUCCACGUCACCGACGAGCGCGCGGUGGCGGCGGUACGCAAGGCCCUCAGUGUCGGCGGCACCACCGACGACUUCGCGCCCGACGCCGAGGUCCACUACGUCGAAGAGCAGCCCUGGAUGUCGGCGGCAAGCCCGUCGAUGCGGUCAAAGGAGCUCGGGCUGACCGAAGACCAGGACGAGCCCUUCACGCCGCAGCGCAGCGACCAGAAACGGCGUCGGCCCGCGGCUCGAAGGACGCUCUCGUACGGAGGCGGGCGCGGUGAGGACGCCGGCUUCGACGUCCAGCGACCUCGCAGCAUCACCUCGAUUGACGAGGUCACGCAUGGCCGACGACAGCUGCAAGAGCAUGUCGGUGGAGUCGCCGAACAAGCUGCAGAUGCGGCGGCGACGGCGAAGGCGGCGGCAGCAGCGGCGACCGAAGACGUCGGCAUCGAACCGGCUGCACGGGGCCGGCCUCUGGUGGGUCGCCACGCCUCGCAACCCGCCGGCACGGUCGUCUAUGACGCCAGCGAGGUCGGCAGCAGCGGCAGCAACAGCCGCGAUGCAAGGACGGGCGUGCCGUUCCCCGCGCGCCGCGGCCGUGCUCCCUCGCAGCUCUCGACCGUGAUCCUCGCAGAGGAAUCUCCGACCCAGGCAAGCACCUUGGCGGCAGCACCGCCGGCAGCCUCGAACGGCGGGAGCAGCGAGGCCAAUCCGACCCCGAUCGACGGCACAACGGGCCUCAGCGCCGGGCCGCAGCGCUCCGUUGACCUUGACGCCUUGACGGCCGAGCUUGCGAGCGGGACCGGCAAGCUCGAGGUUGCGAGCGAGGCAUCCGCCGAGCUGGUCGCGCGCCUCGCCGUCGACAUCGGCGACUUUGUACGCGCGAUGACGGGCCUCAGGGACGCCGGCGGAGAUGCGCUCGCCGAGCGCCUCGAUCCGAUCAGCUUCGACGCCUUCAAAGCCCUCUCGCCCGCCCUCGGUCUCGUCCACGCGAAUGGGCGGCGUCUCGCUCCCGCCGACGAUGCCAUGCUGGCCCUCUCGGUCCUCGGCGAGACGGCCAGCCCGCGCGAGCUCUACAUGGCCAUCGACCUGCGCUGCCACGCCUUGGUCUCGGCCAGCGUCGUCGCGAUGCCGCUGAAUGGCAGCACGGGGGCGGCCGGAGGCGACGGGAUGUUCUGGACGCCAGCGGCCGAGGCUUUCGAGCUCGUCGGGCUCCUCGGCGUCGUCGUGCCCCGCAUCCGCACCAAGCGGCCGCAGUCGUUCUCGUCCGUAUUUGCGCUGCUCGCCGACCUGAUCGGCACGUCGAUGCGCCGCACCGCCGCCGCUACAUCGCCCAGCCUGGCAAGGACGCUCGCGCAUCACGGCGUCCGCCGGUGCUGUGCGCUCAUUGUCGCGGUGGCCGAUUGGGAGGCUCGCUGCAACGGAUCGUCCGGCGCGAACCCUGCCACCGAGGCGGGGGCCUAUCGCCUGUCGCAAGAGGCGCUCAGCCCCUUUUUGGCGGCCAUCUCGCACCUGCUGCCCUACCUGCCCCGCAACGACGAGCUGGGACUGGCCGAGGCCCACUUCCGCCGCAGCCUGCCGCAGUACGCCUUCACCAGGCCGGGCGACGGCCAGGACGUGGCAUCCGCGGCGCCGAACGGAGCCAAGGCCAUUCAUGGCGAGGGCGACGAUGCCGAGCGGACCUGGUCGCAGCUCGCCAGCACCAUCGGGCGCCUCAACGUCGACCUCGCCAACAUCUGGACCUCGGCGCUGCAAGGCCUCGGGCAGGCGGGCGGCGCCACCCCCGGCGACGGCGAUCAGUCCGCGUCGCUGCGCUCGUCGUCUGGCAUCGACGCAGAGGACGAGCAGGCCGAUUCGGAGCGGCGCCUGAGAUCGACGCUGGCGGUGGGCGGGUUUGCGCUGCACGUCCACCUGCUCGCGCGCGGCUCAAUGUCCGAAGGCCCCGCCAGCUGGUCUGCAGCGACCGCAGGGACCAGACUUGAGCAGGGGCUCCCGAUGCUCAUCCUCGCCCUCGGCACCGAGAUGGAGCAAGCGGCCAGCGGCAGCAGCAACGGCGGCGGCGGCGACGGUAUCGAGGCUCUGCCCUCGCAAGAUGCCGGAUCGAAGGCGGCGAUGAUGGAGGCCGUCGGCCGCGAGAGUGUGCUCAGCGACACUUCGCUCACGUGGCUCCUGUGGUGCCUCGAGGGGCUCGGUCGAGGGCGCGACGAUGUCAAGCUGAGCGAAGCGCUUGUCGUGGGCGUGGCCCAGGUGCUCGCCUCGCACAUGGCGCUGUCGCCAUCGCCCGUCGCCAGGCAUGCGCGCCUCAGGGCACUCCAGGGCCUGGUGUGCGACCGGGCCGACGAGGCGGUGGCGCUCCGCACCAUCGGCUCGCUGGCCAGGACGUCACCGUUCAGCCAGGUGCGCGCUGCCUGCGUCGGCCUGCUUCGCGCCUUUGUCCUCCCGCGGCUGUCGGCGCCGGAGCACGGCGCACUGCUGCGCGGCGUCGAGGCGCAGCGGCUCCUCGGCGAGCUGUUCGAGCCGAUCGCCCAUCCGCCGCUGCCCUCGUCGCCAGAGGGACCGGCGAGGCUCGAGGCGUUCCUCUCGGAGCAUGUUGCCGUGCUGCAGGAGAAGGCGGGCCUGCUCUACGUCCUCGUCUCUGCCGCUGGCGUCGAUGGCCCAUCGAGGCAGCGGUACGAGGGCAUGCGAGAUGCGUGGACGCGGCCGCUCAGGGCGUUCACCGACGCCUGGCUGCGGCGGUUCGAAACGCGGGCGGCGGAUGUGGCAGCGGAGGGCCGUCAGCAUGACGGGCAGAGGCAGGUGGAGAGCGAGGUGCUCUUGCUGCGGACGGCACUCGAGCGGUUGGAAGCGUGA